AUGCCACCAAAAGCUGCUGAGUCCAGGCGACGCAGCACGCGGAGAAAGGUUGCUCUGGCCUGCGACUCGUGCAGAGAGAAGAAGAUCCGGUGCGAUGGAAUUAAACCCAUCUGUGGGCCAUGCACCAGGCGGGCGUAUCGGAUCGACCAGUGCGUCUACAACUCGGAUAAUGCCCGGUCUGCCAGCAGAGACGAAUACUUUCACACGCUCCACCAGCGAAUCAGACAACUAGAGGAUGUCUGUUUGAGGGCGGGAGUCUCCGUCAACUCAUCAGACUCCCUGACUCGACAUGCCCCAGAUAGCCCCCAAGCUGUCGAUACUGGGCCAAGUCCAGUCCCACCGGAGGAACCCGUCAUAGCCAGUCACACUGACGGUGGAUCAGUGGAAGAGCCUACAGAGAGUACCCGAAAUGCAGGGGCCUAUGAAUCGCCGUUGUUCGACGACGGGGGAGGGCACAUUACAGGCAUGGGCCAGAUAGCUGCCCUAGACGAUGAAGCCAGGCGCCAGUCCUCUCGAUUUCAAUUCUAUGGCAGCUCUUCCACAGCCUCCCUCAUGCGGUUCGCCUGGCAGUCGAUGCCCUCGCCAGUGAAUGCUUCGUGUCCUGAACAUAUGACUCUUAAGGAUACUUUUACUGAGUACCGGUUCGAUGACUUUGCACUCCCACCGCGGACACUGGCAGACCAUCUUGUCGGCUGCUUUUUCAACCACGUCUACACCCUCUAUCCAUUCUUCGACCGUCCCGCCUUUGAAGCGGCGUAUCGGAAUCUCUGGCGUGCCGAGGAUGAAGCUAUGACUCCUCUCACAGACCUGCGUAUUGGGCUGGGUUCAGCUGCAGAGUCCGGGCCUAGAUCAAUCCUCUUCCAUUGUGCAUUAAAUUUUAUCUUCGCUCUGGGCUGUCAAUUUGCAGAUAUUGCCCCUGGAGAAGUCCAGCACGUUGCCAACUCUUUCUUCCUUCGAGGGAAGCGGUUCGUUGGACUUGACUUCCUUGACAUCAAUACUCUCGGUGUAGUUCAGACCUUGCUUAUCACGGCGCUGUUUCUGCAGAGCUCUCCCUAUCCCAGCCGAUGCUGGCAUUCCAUCGGGGUUGCUUGCAGAGUGGCACUGGGGCUGGGACUGCAUGAGUCGGAUACUCUUGCCACCUUGACGCCGCUGGAAUCUGAUAUUCGGCGUCGAACCUGGCACGGCUGUGUGAUGAUGGAUGUUACUCUGAGUAUGACAUAUGGCAGACCAACCAUGACGACCCAUCUGGCUCCUCUUCCUCCGCCUGAUGGUUUCGACACCUCCCGUCCAGGCGCCAGUAGCUCGACACUAAUGGCAUUCUAUAAUGAGGCCAUUAAGCUGUAUGGUAUCCUAGACAGGAUAUUAUCUGAUGUAUACUCCGCUUGGCGUGGCCGACGCCAGGGUCAAUCACAGUCCUCGACACAGAGCCUAGGAGGUCUAGAUAUUGUGCUUGAGAUCGAACGGCAACUCACUCUAUUCGAGUCCAAUCUUCCGUCGUUCCUUAAGUGGAACUCUGCCAUGCAUCCAGAUACGGGUCUGGAUCAGGCGAUCGCCCAGCAGAGAAACGUUCUUCAUGCGAGAUACCUGCAUCUCCACCUCCUUCUACACCGUCCUAUCUUCACCCAGCUGUAUUCGGAAAGAGUACGGGAGCGCGAGUCCGCAGGCCACUCUAGCACGCCAGAGAACCUGGCCCACGUCGCAACUCGACGCACCUUGUACUCCUCCAUGGCGACCAAGUCGGCAACAGCCUGCGUGAUGGCAGCUAUCGACCUCACGCAACUCGUUCACAAGACGUAUCACACCAGCGCUACUGAUUCAUGGUGGUAUAACGGAUUCUAUGUAUCAACCGCCGCAAUAGUCCUCCUCAUGUCUUUCUCGGCACCGUCAAUGCUUCGACCAUCCGCCAUGGAUAAAGCGAGAGAGGCCUGGAGAGAGGCUACGAGUGUUCUCGAGUCUAUGGCUACAGUAAGCCUGUCUGCAAGCAACACCCUCCGAUUUUUGCGUGCUGCAUAUUGCCAGGCGGUUCCUGGUUAUGGCGACCAGCAAGCGGAGGCAGAUUCGAAUUCGGCUUCUGCUGCGUUUAAUUUGCAUAUGCAGGACAUGACUCACACUCAUGAUCCGUUUGAUCACCCAGAUCACGACCUACUGCAGGUGCCGUUCUUCAAUUGGGAGGAGUAUGCGGCCAAUAUGGGACAGGGGGAGGGGCUGGAUGAUUUGGGGUUCUUGACGAGGCUGGACUUUCCUGAUACUCUAAGUUGA